GCUGAAGAGCCUGUCCUGCGGUGCGUCCUGCUUGACCUGAAGCCGCUCUCUCUCAGCAUCCGCGCCUUCCCUGCAGUCCAGCUGUGAGGGAGAGAGAGACGUAGCGCUCAUCGCAUCGCCCGACGACCGGUCUGUGAGAGGAAACCUCAGCAUCACAGAGAAAAUGAGAUGAAACAGUCUGAGAGUGAGUCCUGCAUACCCCUGCAUCUUUUAGCGGGAGGUUCUGGGUGUCACAGCCCUAAAAAACAACUCUGUGCCCUUUAGGAAACACUCAGAAAAUGUUCCUGACUCGAAGGAAGAGACUUCAUCUCAGCCGGAUUAUAUUUCUUCUGUCCGGGGUUUUCCUUUGCUCUUUAUAUCAACUCACGAUCAGAGCCAGACUUCCAGAUCCCUGGCCCGAACCCCAAAGAGCCGGAGACCCUGAGGAUGGCUCUGGACUUGCCCUGGAAGGAGGACUGUCAGAAAUGCCAGAAGUCAUGACUAAUUCGACCACUGUUCACCCAAAAAACUCAGAUGAAGUUCGUUCAUCAGAGACAGUAACCAAUGCACCUGUCCUAACAACAUCUACUACAACUGAGGCACCUUCCACAACAACAAACAGGACAAUCGUCCACUGUAUCUAUGUGGAUCCAGACCUCCCAAAACCCACUCCAGUUCCAACUCCAGCAACUGAAACGACCACUCUGGUGCCCAACACUACCGCGCCCCAACCUGGAGAUGCACCACACAUGAAGGGCGAGUAUCCGGAGGACAUCUUUUCCAUUGAGGAUCGACGCAAAGGCUGGGUCUCUCUCCAUAUUUUUGGAAUGGUAUACAUGUUUGUUUCUUUGGCCAUCGUCUGCGACGAGUUUUUUGUCCCAACUUUAGGGGUUAUAACAGACAAACUGGCCAUCUCUGAUGAUGUAGCCGGGGCGACGUUCAUGGCCGCUGGAGGCUCAGCUCCUGAACUUUUCACCUCUUUGAUUGGAGUCUUCAUUUCUCAUAGCAAUGUGGGCAUUGGGACCAUCGUUGGCUCGGCUGUUUUUAACAUCCUCUUCGUAAUUGGAAUGUGUGCACUGUUUUCACGCGAGAUGCUUCACCUCACCUGGUGGCCUCUCUUUCGGGACGUGUCCUUCUAUAUCCUGGAUCUCAUCAUGCUUAUCAUCUUCUUCCUGGACAACACCAUUAUGUGGUGGGAGAGCAUGAUGCUGGUGGGAGGUUAUGCUCUAUAUGUAACCUUCAUGAAGUUCAAUGUUCAGUUAGAGCGCGCCUUUAAGUCUCAGCUCAGCAAACACAAGAGCAUCGUCAAAGUCAUUGCGGUGGAAGAACCAGAGAAGGAUAAUGGAACCUCAGGUGAAGAGAACAGGCCACCUGAACCAGAAGACAAGAAUCGAUUAAAGCUGAAGCCCACACUGCAGCGCGGGGGCAGUUCAGCCUCUCUGCAUAACAGCACCAUGAGGAACACCAUCUUCCAGCUGAUGAUUCACACUCUGGAUCCUCUUGGAGAGGAGUCAGUGUUUAAUGGAGAUGCAAAGGCUAGAAGCUCUUUGGAAUGUAAAGUGAAAUUUAAAGACAAGGCUCAGAUUUUGAACGACAUGGCCCGGGGGAAGGUAGAGAACAAAAAGAAGGAAAAAUCUGGUGAAGGUGAUGAUCAAUCGGAGCAGACCAAGGAUUCAAAAGACGCGCCUCCAGGAGCCAAAGAUGAAGACACCAAUCAGAAGUCUGAGGCACAAAAGGAUGGAGACAUUGCAGCAGGAGGAGGUUCUGAAAAUCCAGGAGGUUCAGACAAUUCAGGGGAUGAUGAUGAAGAUGACAGUGAUGAAGAGAGUGAUGAUGACGAUGACGACGAUGAUGAUGAUGACGACGAUGAUGAUGAAAAUGAAGAUGAAGCUGGGGAAGAUGGAGAUGAACCGUUGUCUUUAGAGUGGCCGGACACCAGACGUAAACAGGCCACGUAUUUGUUUUUGCUGCCCAUUGUCUUUCCACUGUGGCUGACCGUUCCAGAUGUCAGAAACCCUGCAUCCAAGAAGUUCUUCGUCAUUACCUUUCUUGGCUCAAUAGUGUGGAUUGCUAUAUUUUCCUAUCUGAUGGUGUGGUGGGCACAUCAGGUUGGCGAGACCAUUGGCAUCUCUGAGGAGAUCAUGGGUCUUACUAUUCUGGCUGCCGGAACAUCGAUUCCUGAUUUAAUCACCAGUGUGAUUGUGGCAAGGAAAGGCUUGGGAGACAUGGCUGUCUCCAGCUCUGUAGGCAGCAACAUAUUUGACAUCACCAUGGGGCUGCCGGUGCCCUGGCUGAUGUUCUCGUUCUUCCAUUCCUUUGCCCCGGUGCCCGUGAGCAGUAAUGGUCUGUUCUGUGCCAUCGUGCUGCUCUUCCUCAUGCUCCUCUUCGUCAUUAUUUCCAUCGCUGCCUGUAAAUGGAGGAUGAACAAAGUGCUGGGCUUCACCAUGUUCAUCCUCUACUUUGUGUUCCUGGUGCUCAGUGUCAUGCUGGAGGAUCGAAUCAUCGUGUGUCCCGUCUCCAUCUGAGCUCUAAUAUAACAUACUGGUAUUUUUAAAGUGUCUCUGGACUCGCUGUGUCGACUUCUUCUGUAUUACGCAAGAUUGUUUUUUUGUAACAGGAUGCAAUAACUGGGCAUAAUGUAUUUUGUUAAGGUGACAUCACAGUUGAGUCACAGGUCCUGUCCCAAACGGCUACUAUUUUUGGUAUCCACUGUUUGUUGAAGGAAUGGGGUAUGGAUUGUUGGGUGAUAGACUGCAUGUGGGCUAACCAGUGUAGGCUUUGCAAAAGGGCACAUUGAGCCCACAUACAGAGGCGCUGUUGAACACUCUUUUGAACUGUAAAAUGACAAAUAGGACGCCCUACUGUACUGUGGACUUAACAAACACACUACGAUUAUGAUUGCAUAAUCAAAGGCCACGUCAAGUGUGCCAUUUGAGACAGGGCCACGAGUGCUACAUAUGGAGAAAUCACAUUUUUCUCACAUUCUCUCUCGAUGAUUUGUAAGUGCAAACUUUAAAAUAUCUGUUUAUUAAGGGUUGCCUGUAGGUUGGGAUAUAUGGGUGUUUUCAUCUAAUUUACACUUUUGAAUUGACCCUCUUGCUGGAGUUUGAUUGACAUGCAAUCUUGCCAAUCAAUCAAUCAAUCAAUCAA